AUGAACAGAAAUGAAUCCAAAUCUCUAUUAAAUAUUUCUAUGGACAGGAUUGAUGGUACAGCUCAAACUCCUUUCGAAAAAUCAAAGAGAGGUUGUCGAGUUCAUAUGGGCCAAGCUCAAAUCAAUCAUGACAAAAAAAUAUCCGCCGAUGUUGGAUUGCGGCUGAAGGAAUUCAAGCAGGAGAUUGAUUUUGAAUUAAUGCAACUUUAG